AUGGAGACCUGGGUUGGGGGAGAAAGAGCUAAGGAGUUGAUUGAUAGGCUUCCUUUUGACGGUGCGAUUCAUACUGAUACCAUUGGAUUUUCUAGUGGUUUAUGGGUGCUUUGGAAUUCGGAUAGGGUGGAGGUGUCCUCACUCUCUAACACUAAGCAAGAAAUACAUAUCAUGGUUAAGAGGGCUGUUGCAAAUAACCCUUCUAAUUUCCUUCUUAAUUUGGAGAAAGAGCUUUUGAAGGAGCUAGAUUUAGUGCUAAAUCAGGAGGAGGAGCUUUGGGCUUUAAAGUCGAGAGUUAACUGGAUGAUCCAGGGUGAUCCCAGUACGAAUUUUUAUCAUGUUUCGACUUUAGUCAAAAGGAAUAGGAAUCAGAUUUUGGCAAUAAAAAAUGCUAUGGGGGAUUGGAUUUAUAAGGAGGAUGAGAUAAAGAAUUUCAUUAGAAGUGGUUUUGAAGGGAUUUAUUCUACAUCGCUGAGUUGGGUUUCUAGAGCUGAACCUCUUAUUUCUCAAUGGCAGCCUAGGCUUACUGAGGAGGAGAAGGAGAAUAUCAGUGGUGGUGCAAUUGAAGAAGAGAUUAGAGGGUUUUUCCAAAGGUUUUGGCCAAUUGUUGGGAGAUCAGUUGUUAGGGAGGUGCAAAAGAUUUUUACAGAUAGGAGGGUUCCUGAGUAUUUGAAUAGAGCUCAUAUUGCUUUAAUCCUAAAGAUCCAAGGUCCGAAGACUUUGGUGGUGACAAAGAUUAUUGUGGCAAGGUUGAAGCCUUAUCUGGAUAAACUCAUAUCUCCUCUUCAAGCGGCUUUUGUGCCAGGUAGGAAGGGAGUAGGCAAUGCUUUCAUUGCUCAGGAGAUCAUUCACUUUCUUGGGAGAAAGAGAGCGAGAGUGGGUUAUAUGGCACUGAAAAUUGAUUUGGAGAAGACUUAUGACAAGCUAGAGUGGAAUUUCAUUAGAGAAGCUCUCUUUAGGGCCAACCUUCCGGUUGAUCUUAUUGAUGUCAUUAUGAGUUGUGUCUCCAUGGUCUCCACUUCUAUUUUGGUGAAUGGUGGAGCUACCGAUCCUAUUGUUCCUUCGAGAUGGAUAAGGCAAAGGGACCCAUUAUCCCCUUACCUUUUUAUUCUUUGCAUGGAUUUCUUGGGUCAACUUAUUGAGGAAAAGUGUAAUGCUAAGCUGUGGCACCCAGUUAAGGCUUCCCAAAGUGGUCCUGCCUUUUCCCAUCUCAUGUUUGCGGAUGAUCUCCUCUCUUUUGCUAGAGCUGAUGGUACCGAUUGUUCAGCCAUUAGAGAUAUGCUUGAUGAAUUUUGCUUAUUAUUCGGGCAAACAAUUAGUGAGGCAAAAUUUAGAGUUUAUUUUUUCCCGAAUGUGGAUAGGGAUGCUAGGGAGUCGUUGUGUGAUAUUCUUGGCCUUUCCUCCACGCCUUUCCUCGGUAAGUACCUUGGGUUUCCCUUUAGUCAUCCUGGCUCCUCAUCCCAAGAUUACAAUUUCAUCCUUGAUAGGGUGAAGCAAAAACUUACAGGGUGGAAGGCCAAUUUGCUUUCUUUGGAAGCUAGUCUAUUGGAGAUUAAGGAUUUUAUGUUGGACACGGGUUGGGCUUGGGAAAAAAUUCCAUUUGAGCUUCCUCAAGACAUAAAGAUGUUGAUUCAAGCUACUCCCAUGAUAUUCACUAGUAGAGGAGUUGAUAAAUUGGCAUGGGUAGAUUCUUCUAAAGGCACCUUUGAGUUAAAGAGUGCUUAUAAGAUUGCCACGGGUACCAUGGAUGCAUCUCCCUUCUCGGCCAAAUGGCUUUGGAAAGCAGACACUCUUCCAAGAAUCAAGACUUUCUUAUGGAUGUGUGCUCAUAAUAGUAUUGGGGUCAAGAGUAGAAAUAGGAUUGUUUUCAGCAGUAAGAGUAGAAACCCGAAGCUGGUUGGGGAGAUUUUGAACCAAGCAUUGGAGUUCAUUCAUUGUGUGGCAACUCCGAAAGCUUCGAUGCAAAAGGUGAUGAGAAGGAUUUGCUGGGAGAAGUCGCCUGAAGGUUGGUUGAAGCUUAAUACAGAUGGUUUAGUGGAGGGUGGAAGCGGUUUGGCUUGCUGUGAAGGGGUUAUUAGAGAUGCUGAUGGGUAG